GCGGAUUUGCGUCUCUGAGACUGGAGGUCUCCCGGAGUCAGAGGGAGAACCUGGCCCUGAGGAGCCGCCUGCGGCUGAUGGAGGUCCGGGCGGGGGAGCGGUCUGUCAGGAGAGCCCAGACCGUCACUGGUGGUCACCUGCACCGGGAGAGAUCAUCAGUUUGAAGAAGAUGGUCGUGCUGUUGUAAAAAGAAAAGUCAAGUCCACCACAGUGGAGGAUGUGGACUCUGAGCAGCCACAGCCGGUGGAUGUGGCGGAGGAGUCGAUGGAGCCAGAGGUGGCUGUGAUAAAGAAGGAAAGGCUGGAGCUGACAGGCUGCAGUGAGCCAGAGGACCAUCAGACAGCUGCUAACAGCAGCAUUGGACGUCCGUCUCUCUCUUCUGCUGCUCUGAGUGAAAUCCCCAGAGACAGUGUCUCAGGUCACUUUGAAAAACGGGACUCAGCCAGACUUGAAGCUCAGCAGCAGGAAGAGAAAGAGGGAGUGAGGGAGACCAGUAUUUUGUGUCAGGACUCUCCUCCAGCAGAGCAGAGGAUCAGAGCCACACCGAGACGUUCAAGCAGAGACUUGACCGAAGAAGAAGACAAACAUGUUGUGGAUCCUAGAGAUUCUGUGUCGGCUGAGUCUAGUAGAAGUACAGUUCCUGAUGUAGAGACUCUACUGGUUUCAGAGCUGCCAAUAACAAACCCUGGAGUAAAGGGUUUGUGUGGUGCUGCAGCAGACUGGAGGGGAGAGGCAGUGUCAAUACCUGUCAAACUGGAGGCUGAAGUUUCCUGGUCUGAAGGUUUGAGGACACAUAAUGCUUCAGUGUCUGUCACUAGAACUGAGUGUGUGAGCAGCAGCAGAUUGACAAACAGUCACCACACACAGAGCGAAGCAGCGGAGCUGGACACCAGCAGCUUGGACCUGUCCAUCUUCGAUGACCUGUUCUCGUCUCCAGAGGUGGCCCGGUCUCUGGCACUUCCUCAUAAACCUUCCACAGAUGGAGUCACAGGUGCAGAGGAGUCGCUCUCAGUCUCGUCUUUUCCUGUCCUGGGAUGGGAGCAGUUUCGGGAACUCUUCCGUGUCAGGCUGUCUGACCGACUCCUCCUUCAGCAACGCCUCCUCUGACUCCAGGAGCAGAAGCUUCCCCAGCACCACAGAGCGAGUAUCCAGCUGCCAGCUGUGUGGUCGCCUCUUCUCCACCUCCAGGGACUUGGUGGUGCACCAGCGCUCCCAUGCCGGGGAGAGGAUCUACUUCUGCAACAUCUGUAAGAAGCCGUUUGUCCACCCGCACCAGCUGAAAACCCACCAGCGGGUCCACACAGGGGAGAAACCGUUCAGCUGCGCUCAGUGCGGUAAACGCUUCUCUCAGUCCAGCCACAUCAAGAGACACAUGAGCGUCCACACGGGGGAGAAGCGUUACAGCUGCAGCUUGUGUGGGAAACGCUUCUCACAGGCCUGCAGCCUCAAGGUGCACCAGGCAGUCCACACCGGAGAGAGACCCUACAACUGCACCAAGUGUGGCAAGAGCUUCUCUGUGCUGGGAAACCUGGUCCGCCACCAGAGUGUCCACCUCGGCAAGUGAACACACACGCACACACACACACACACACAGCCAAAAGGGACUAAGGCUGCCAGUUACACACUGUGCUGUUUUUAAUAUUCAGAAAUGUGCAUAUGUAAUCAGUAGUUCAUGCUGUUCUUUGUCCUGUGCUGGUGUCAUUUAUACAUGUUUACAAUAAAACAUUUAAAAAAACUGCC